AGCACCAAAUGGCAAAAACACAGAGGCGUUGAAUUCAAUACAGUCUAGCUUCUUUCUUUCCAUCUCUCUGCGUCUCCCAGAGCCACAUCCAUGGCUUCUCUUCUUGCCAACGGUAUUUCUCUCUUAUCUCCCCAAACCCAACUCGAGAAACCGAAAAUCCUAAAAGGCUUUUACCCAAAGCUUGAGACCCAGAAACCGGCGUUGCCUAGGAACCCCGAUUUCAGCCUCUUCAAGGUCAGAGCAGAUGUCGGUUACGAGCCCAAGACGCUGAGUCCGGACGUUCCCAGCUCAUCUUCAUCGGGUAAGCUUUCGAACGCCGAAGACCCACUUCAGAAAUUCCUCAAACGCGAUUACAAGUGGGGGUUCAAGGAGGAAAUAGACUCGUUCUCGAUUCCGAAAGGGCUCUCGGAGGAAACGAUUCGAUUGAUUUCGUCCCGGAAGAACGAGCCUGAAUGGAUGCUCGAGUUCCGAUUGAGUUCUUAUGAGAAAUUCCUUAGAAUGACCGAGCCCAAGUGGUCGGACAAUUUGUACCCGCCGGUUGACUUUCAGGGUUUAUGUUAUUACUCGGAGCCCAAAAAGAAGCCGUCUUUGAACAGCCUGGACGAGGCCGAUCCUGAGCUUAUCAGGUAUUUCGAUAAACUGGGUGUUCCUUUGAAUGAAAGGAAUAGAUUGGCAAAUGUUGCGGUUGAUGCUGUCCUUGAUAGUGUUUCUAUUGCAACUACCCAUAGGAAGACUCUAGAAAAGGCUGGUGUUAUCUUUUGUUCAAUUUCAGAGGCGAUUAGGGAAUACCCUGAUUUAGUUAGGAAGUACUUAGGCAAGGUUGUUCCAGCUGAUGAUAACUACUAUGCUGCUUUGAAUUCUGCCGUGUUUAGUGAUGGCUCAUUUUGUUACAUACCUAAGGACACUAAAUGCCCAAUGCAAAUUUCGACUUAUUUUCGGAUAAAUGCGUUGGAAACGGGGCAAUUCGAGAGGACCCUCAUAGUUGCAGAUGAUAGGAGUUUUGUGGAGUAUUUGGAGGGUUGCACGGCACCUUCUUAUGACACAAACCAGCUCCAUGCUGCUGUAGUUGAGCUGCACUGUGCUGAGGGGGCAGAAAUUAAGUACUCCACGGUCCAAAAUUGGUAUGCUGGUGAUGAGGAAGGCAGGGGAGGAAUUUAUAACUUUGUUACAAAGCGGGGUCUGUGCGCGGGUGCUAGAUCAAAGAUAUCGUGGACGCAGGUGGAGACUGGGUCAGCAAUUACUUGGAAGUACCCAAGUGUUGUUUUGGAGGGUGAUGAUACAGUGGGGGAAUUCUAUUCUGUAGCAUUAACUAAUAAUUAUCAGCAGGCAGAUACAGGUACAAAGAUGAUCCACAAGGGGAAGAAUACUAGAAGUAGGAUUAUUUCAAAGGGGAUUUCAGCUGGACAUUCACAGAACUGUUAUAGGGGGCUUGUUCAGGUUCAGUCAAGAGCAGAUAACGCUCGGAACUCUUCCCAGUGUGAUUCAAUGCUCAUUGGUGAUAAUGCAGCUGCUAACACAUACCCCUACAUCCAGGUGAAGAAUCCAACAGCUCGCAUUGAACACGAAGCCAGCACCUCCAAAAUCGGUGAGGAUCAGCUAUUCUAUUUCCAGCAGAGAGGAAUUGACUAUGAGAAAGCAAUGGCUGCUAUGAUUUCUGGGUUCUGCCAGGAUGUCUUCAACGAGCUUCCCGACGAGUUUGGUGCCGAAGUUAACCAGCUUAUGAGCUUGAAACUGGAAAGAUCCGUUGGUUAGGCAGCUCUUGUGGUUCACUAAAUCAAACUUCUUGUUUCCGGGAACAUUCACGAAGAUCCUUUCUUUUGUUGAAUUACUUCUGAUACUGUUUGGAUUAGAGCUGGAUUGACACGACAUGAGAGGCAUAGUUUGUAUAUUGUGUGUAAAAUGUAUAGGGUUCUUGUAACCACUUACUGAAUUCCCAGAUCGAACUUGUCCCCAUGGCUUGCAAAAUCAGUUUUACGAUUGAAAUGUAAUAGAUUUCAAAUAAUUCCCUACGACAAUAAUGAUUUACUUGGGAGAGGAGCAUCAUCGAAAGACUCAAAUGUUUUGUAGAAUAUAAAUUUGUGGGUUUUGGUGGAUAUAACUCAGGAGCUUUGUAA